GUCAGUAUUUCGCCAAACCUCCAGGCGCCAUCAGUGAGUGAACCGUUACGCAGCUGGUCCACCGAGGGCGGAGAACAAGCGGCUAUGCCCAGGGAUCCUGCACGCAUGCGUGGAGCUGAACCGUCAGCGUGCGUGUGACGUCACCUGCGCGCCCGCCUAAACUCUUCCUAGGGUUCUUUCUAGAGUACGGCAAGUUGUCAAAUUCCCUAGUUGAAUUUGCUUUGGACAUCAGUGUGAAGCAGAACUGAUAUGCCACUUGAAUUAAUAAAGGAAGUCAAUGGGGUGCCUGAAGUUCAGCCACUGAGUAAAUUACAUAAAGUAGAUUUCGGAUCCCUACAGCCAGGUUACAAUUAUAGCAAGAAAUAUAUUCAGGGAAAACUUUCACUUAUCUCUUCUUUAACUUAUCGUGGAAAUAAAACAGCUGUUUUGCAGAUUGGACUACAAGGACACCAUUGCAGUGGCUAGAUUUAUUGUUUUUUUAGCUUCUUCAUCUACAAGCAGAGAUGGUAAACCUUGCAUAUUUUUGAAAGCAUUUGAAGACCUCAAAUCAACUGUUUAUGUUUAUGUCAAAUCUUUAAGAGAUUUUUCUACAGAAUCAAUGUCUUUGGUUCCAGCAACAAAUUAUAUAUAUACACCCCUGAAUCAACUUAAGGGUGGUACAAUUGUCAAUGUCUAUGGUGUUGUGAAGUUCUUUAAGCCCCCAUAUCUAAGCAAAGGAACUGAUUAUUGCUCAGUUGUAACAAUUGUGGACCAGACAAAUGUAAAACUAACUUGCCUGCUCUUUAGUGGAAACUAUGAAGCCCUUCCAAUAAUUUAUAAAAAUGGAGAUAUUGUUCGCUUUCACAGGCUGAAGAUUCAAGUAUAUAAAAAGGAGACUCAGGGUAUCACCAGCUCUGGCUUUGCAUCUUUGACGUUUGAGGGAACUUUGGGAGCCCCUAUCAUACCUCGCACUUCAAGCAAGUAUUUUAACUUCACUACUGAGGACCACAAAAUGGUAGAAGCCUUACGUGUUUGGGCAUCUACUCAUAUGUCACCGUCUUGGACAUUACUAAAAUUGUGUGAUGUUCAGCCAAUGCAGUAUUUUGACCUGACUUGUCAGCUCUUGGGCAAAGCAGAAGUGGACGGAGCAUCAUUUCUUCUAAAGGUAUGGGAUGGCACCAGAACACCAUUUCCAUCUUGGAGAGUCUUAAUACAAGACCUUGUUCUUGAAGGUGAUUUAAGUCACAUCCAUCGGCUACAAAAUCUGACAAUAGACAUUUUAGUCUACGAUAACCAUGUUCAUGUGGCAAGAUCUCUGAAGGUUGGAAGCUUUCUUAGAAUCUAUAGCCUUCAUACCAAACUUCAAUCAAUGAAUUCAGAGAAUCAGACAAUGUUAAGUUUAGAGUUUCAUCUUCAUGGAGGUACCAGUUAUGGUCGGGGAAUCAGGGUCUUGCCAGAAAGUAACUCUGAUGUGGAUCAACUGAAAAAGGAUUUAGAAUCUGCAAAUUUGACAGCCAAUCAGCAUUCAGAUGUUAUCUGUCAAUCAGAACCCGACGACAGCUUUCCAAGCUCUGGAUCAGUAUCAUUAUACGAGGUAGAAAGAUGUCAACAGCUAUCUGCUACAAUACUUACAGAUCAUCAGUAUUUGGAGAGGACACCACUAUGUGCCAUUUUGAAACAAAAAGCUCCUCAACAAUACCGCAUCCGAGCAAAAUUGAGGUCGUAUAAGCCCAGAAGACUAUUUCAGUCUGUUAAACUUCAUUGCCCUAAAUGUCAUUUACUGCAAGAAGUUCCACAUGAGGGCGAUUUGGAUAUAAUUUUUCAGGAUGGUGCAACUAAAACCCCAGAUGUCAAGCUACAAAAUACACCAUUAUAUGAUUCAAAAAUCUGGACCACUAAAAAUCAAAAAGGACGAAAAGUAGCAGUUCAUUUUGUGAAAAAUAAUGGUAUUCUCCCACUUUCAAAUGAAUGUCUACUUUUGAUAGAAGGAGGUACACUCAGUGAAAUUUGCAAACUCUCGAACAAGUUUAAUAGUGUAAUUCCUGUGAGAUCUGGCCACGAAGACCUGGAACUUUUGGACCUUUCAGCACCAUUUCUUAUACAAGGAACAAUACAUCACUAUGGAUGUAAACAGUGUUCUAGUUUGAGAUCCAUACAAAAUCUAAAUUCCCUGGUUGAUAAAACAUCGUGGAUUCCUUCUUCUGUGGCAGAAGUACUGGGUAUUGUACCCCUCCAAUAUGUGUUUGUUAUGACCUUUACACUUGAUGAUGGAACAGGAGUACUAGAAGCCUAUCUCAUGGAUUCUGACAAAUUCUUCCAGAUUCCAGCAUCAGAAGUUCUAAUGGAUGAUGACCUUCAGAAAAGUAUGGAUAUGAUCAUGGAUAUGUUUUGUCCUCCAGGAAUAAAAAUUGAUGCAUAUCCGUGGUUGGAAUGCUUCAUCAAGUCAUACAAUGUCACAAAUGGAACAGAUAAUCAAAUUUGCUAUCAGAUUUUUGACACCACAGUUGCAGAAGAUGUAAUCUAAUAUUGCCAUCCAAUUUAGCAUACAUAAAAUGUUGCCACUCACCUUCCCUGUUUGAGCUUCUUUUCCUGCCCUGAGUUUUGUAUCAGCAAAGUUGAUGAUGUUAGCAUGGGUAUGCGAUUAGAAAAUGUCCUUACCUUAAAUCUCUUGGCUUUUACUGGGUGCAAGGUAAAUAAUGGCUAUGGAUUUUGUUUUGCUUUCUGUUUUGCUUUUGUACAAAGAGACCUGCUUAAACAAGUACUGCUGAGAUAAGUGUUUGUCUGAUCAAGCUACAGUGUACUUUAAGUAGAAAUGGCGAAGUUGCUUUGUUGGGGUGCUGAUACUGAUGAUUUUAGGAUAAAUUCAUUUCUUUAAACUUGUAAUACAUGGUUUUAUUGCUUGUUUCUCUCCAGGAUAGUAGAGAUUUCUCUAUUUCACCUCAACCUAAUAAAAGUGGUCAGAUUUAUAAUGUUAA